UGUACAUCUUUGGGAAAAGCGACUCUUAUCGCGAGAAACCAUAAAAAAUAUGGUACAAAGAUUAAAAGAGAAACCCACGCUGUAACUCGUCUAUGAAUUAUCAGAGCACACGACACACGGUCAUGUACGAAAUCCCCGGGAACGAAACGGUGGAAGGCAACGAAACUCUCCCGUCCAACGUGUCCCUAAACGAGGAAUACAUCUUCGACAGAACCGACGUGAAAGUGAUUUUUAUUACACUUUACAGUAUCGUGUUUGUCUGCUGCUUCUUCGGUAAUUUGCUUGUGAUCCUGGUGGUUACCUUUUCUCGACGACUACGAAGUAUCACAAACUUCUUUCUGGCAAACUUAGCCGUGGCCGAUUUCUGCGUCGGCAUAUUCUGCGUGUACCAAACCCUGACCAACUACCUGAUGAACAGCUGGCUGCUCGGUGACUUUCUUUGCAAAGUUUACAUGUUCGUCCACGCACUUUCUUACACAGCCAGUAUAUUGAUCCUGGUGGUAGUCUGCGUGGAACGAUAUUUGGCAAUCGUUCAUCCGAUCAAAUGCAGAUCCGUGCUCACCAGACGUCGACUGCAACUGGUGAUCGGUGUAGUUUGGAUGGUCGCGGCGAUCUACGCUUCUCCCAGGUUCUUUUACGUCGAGACCAUGAGAAACCGUUUGAUCACGGGCGACGUAGACAUCAUCUGCUUGGCCAACAUUAAGAAACACAACAAGGUCGUCCUGGACGCGGUAAACCUCGUCUUUCUCUACCUAGUUCCGCUCGCCCUGAUGUGUCAUUUGUACUCGAGAUUGGCGGUAGGUUUAUGGAAAAGUAGCGCCACCCUAAGCGGUGCAGCUAGCAACGCUAGAAAUGGUAAAUCGCAUCGCAUCCAGACUUCCAGCAGAAACGUGCUGCGAGCCAGACGCGGCGUCAUCAGAAUGUUGAUCGCCGUGGUUAUGAUGUUCGCUGUCUGCAAUUUGCCGCAACAAGCACGAAUCGCCUGGGGAUAUUGGGACUCGAACUACGAUCGUACAUCGGACUUUAGCACUCUCCUAACUUUGUCGACUUUCUUGAUUUCCUAUGUGAACUCUUGCCUCAAUCCGCUCCUCUACGCUUUCCUGUCCCGGAAUUUUCAGAAAGGGACCAGAGAACUUUUCAACUGUUACGGGAAAAGGAGAAAAAGAAGCGGCGCGGGAGAUAGUGCUUUAGCAAUGGGAUGCACCAGAGGAGAUACAUCGACGCGACAGGAGAAUAGUCUGAACGCGAAUAUUGCACAGGCUUCCCUUAUUCGGACCAGUUCUGGACAAGAUGCUUCUCGAACCUCUCGAACUUUUUUUAGGCAGACAACUUGCGAAAAAAGUAUGUGAUUUAGAAAGUUUUUUGGCGGACUUAUCGUUAGCUAUGUGGGUUCUACCGCUACCCCUAAGAUACUGAGGUCAAGCUAAAUUGACCGUGGAUCCGGUCAAGGAUGGGUUACCGCUCGAGGUGGAAGACCGAAAAAAUGUUUUCAGAACCUUUUGGUGCAUCGUGACGGAUUAAAUUUGGAAUUUUGAAAUUAAAAAUCCCUCUUCUCUUAUCAUAUAUCAGUAAUUUUGAAAUUUGAAAUAUAAUUGGGAAUCUACCCGACCCGAAAUUUCAAAGAGAAGAAGUUCUGGACCCGUCCCGAUCCCGAAAAGGGGAAAUUAGGAAAUUCCUCGACCCGAUUUGGAAAAGAAAAAAUUGGGAAAUUCCUUGAUCCGAGUUGAUCCCGAAAAGAGAAAAUUGGGAAAUUCCUCGACUCGACCCGAUCUCAAAAAGAAUCCCGAAAACGGGAAAUUCCCCAAAAAAUUCUCGACCCGACCCGACACAAAUAAUGAACAAAAAACUUCAUUAUAUAAAGGUCGAAAAGAAAAAUGGAAGGACACAG